UCCAGUUAUGGCACUGCAAAAUUUCCAUCCCCUCUAAUUUUGAACACCACCGCCUGUUUUGUUUUUCGGGGACGGGCCUAGAUGGACUCACACGUGCCCAGCAACCCAAACGAAGAGUCGUGGACGGAGGAGAAGCAUGUCAACUUCCUCAACUCCAUGGAAGCAUGGUUCGUAUGUACUAUGCUUGACAGCAACGAUCGUUUUAAUCUCCGUCUGGAUCGUCAACUUCCUGACACCUCCGACUCCACUCUCAACUGCAAACACAAUGCUCCCACCACAAGGAAUCAUACUACUUCACGUUUUACUGGCACAAACCGAUGCAAAAUGAAGGUCAGGCCUGAUAGAAGAUCAUCCUCUAAUCCUCUUGCUUCAUCACAAGAUCAGGUUGUCCCACAGAUUGAAACCAGAAGAGAAGAUAAAGAAGAGAAAUAGGGUGUCCCAGUUUUGAUGCUGCAUCCAAACUGAUGAACUCUGGGACCCCUUUUUCAUUUAAUUUCCAUGGGGUUUCUAAGUAGAAUAUGUUGAAAUAGGGUGUACCUUGUUCAAGGGUAUUCUUUCUUUUAUUCAGCCCCACACCAUUUACUUCACUUUCCGGGAUUUUGAAUUGUUGACUUACUUUGGAAGAUAUUUUUCACCCAGCCUUGAUUCUUGACCAAAGAUCUUUUUCUUUUUCCUAUUCAAACUGUAAUUUGCCUUUAAAAAUAUUCAUUUAUGCUAUGCUUUUAUAAUG